CUGGACCAGAUCACCGCGGACCUGCGGCCCGAGCAGGCGGCGCGGCUGCUGCACCAGGAGCCCGACCCGGACCUGCCCGGCAGCGCCCGCUUCUACUGCCUGCACUGCGCGCGCUACUUCGUGGACCUGAGCAGCAUGACGGAGCAUUUCCGGUCCAAAGUUCACAAGAGAAGGCUGAAGGAGCUACGUGAGGAGCCGUAUACCCAGGAAGAAGCAGAGAGGGCAGCUGGGAUGGGUUCCUACAUCCCUCCGAAGAAGAUCGAAGUACAGACUCAGCCACUUGAGAUGGAAGAAUCCAGCUGAGUUCAGUGGACGUAAUGGGACGGAGGCUGCUCUCUGAUGUGUUGGAUAGUGCCCUUGAUGAGAUGCUGCCACAGAAUGGGGCUUUGUCCUGACUUAGGCAAGUGCUUCUAAAAACCAAGCCUUACCCCGACUCCCAUAGCAAUUGGCUUCGGUGUUCCCUCUAAGAAAUGAAUGAGGGGAGAGCUGGCUGCGGGAGUGCUUUGACCAGACACUUGGGCAUUGUGUUCCUCUUGGCAGAGCUGCACGUAGAGGGCAGCCUGAGGUCUGGGAAAAGGGGCAGUUGCUUCUUGCUGUGAUAUCGACCUGAUUGUUAUGUAUCUGGUGUUUUUAAAGCAGUGGGGGGCAGAAUGGCUCUUGGCUCAGAGUUUGAGCUCUGUAAUUGCCCAUCCAAUUAUUCAAAUAAACUGUUUGGCGACCGCUAA